UUGGCGGGUGGAUGUUGGCAGGCGAUGAUGAUGUUGUGCAUCUCUCGCCAACGCUUGAGCAUCAUGCCGAUAGGCUUAGUACAGACGACAAUUUAACAAGUAUUUCCGCUCUCCUAUUCUCUUCAUUUCAACAGUUUAUUUAAUCUCGCUUUACCUAACCACCGCAUAGUGUAACGUUACACACGGUCGUUUGCGUUAUCUUGGUACGGACAUUAUUUUUUCGAGCAUUUGACUGGUUGAGGUACAGACUUCCUUACUUUGCCGACAUGUAUCGCCUACAGUCGCUGGCUGCUCGGUCACUGAUCGCUGGAGCUUUUGAUCCGUAUACUCCUUUGACACUGAUAUCCCUUCCGUGUCUAAACGGAGUGAGACACAAAUCUCAAGAUCCGUCCAUAGAAAGGUAUGGCCAGAUGCGCUUCAGUACCGCCGAGCCUAAAGUUGCUGCAGGGAGUCUUCACGAAAAAUUGCGGGAGAAGAUCCUCAGUAUGGAGACAUUGAACCCGCAUGUGAAGGCAGUGGAGUACGCUGUGAGAGGACCUAUUGUUAUCAAAGCUGGAGAGAUCGAGAGAUGCUUGGAGGAGGGUGUUACAAAACCUUUUUCUGAGGUCAUCAAAGCCAACAUCGGUGAUGCACAUGCCAUGGGACAGCAACCAAUCACAUUUCUCAGACAGGUGGUGGCUCUCUGCACAUUUCCAGAGCUGAUGGACGGCCCCAGUUUCCCAGAGGAUGCAAAAUGGAGAGCACGGCGUAUCCUGCAGGGCUGCGGUGGAAAUAGUCUUGGGUCAUAUAGUGCAAGUCAGGGUAUAGAGCACAUCCGUAAAGACAUUGCAGCGUAUAUCGAGCAAAGAGACGAUGGAGUGCCUUCCUACUGGGAAAACAUUUUUCUCACCACUGGAGCAAGUGAUGGCAUUAUGACUAUUCUGCGACUGCUGGUGUCCGGGAAAGGCUCUUCUCGGACUGGUGUAAUGAUCCCCAUACCUCAGUACCCGCUGUAUUCGGCUGCCAUCUCAGAGAUGGAUGCAGUGCAGGUUAACUACUACUUGGAUGAGGACAACUGCUGGGCCCUUGACAUCAAUGAGCUUCACAGAGCAUAUCAGGCCGCCAAAAAGCACUGCCAACCCCGGGUCAUUUGUAUCAUCAACCCCGGAAACCCAACCGGUCAGGUCCAGAGUAAGAAAUGCAUUGAAGAAGUCUUGCACUUUGCCUACGAGGAGAAUCUCUUUGUAAUGUCAGAUGAGGUCUACCAGGACAAUGUGUACGCUUCUGACUGUCGGUUCCACUCCUUCAAGAAGGUGCUAUAUGAGAUGGGCCCCGAGUACUUUAACAGCGUAGAGCUUGUCUCCUUCCAUUCCACCUCCAAAGGCUACACGGGAGAGUGUGGUUUCAGGGGUGGAUAUAUGGAGGUGAUCAACAUGGAUCCAGAAGUCAAAGCCCAGCUUGUGAAGCUUUUAUCAGUGAGACUGUGCCCCCCUUUAGCUGGCCAGGCUGCUAUGGAUGUCAUAGUCAACCCUCCACAACCAGAUGAGCCGUCUUUCAAGCAAUUUUAUCAGGAGAAAACCGCUGUGUUGGGUGCUUUAGCAGAGAAAGCCAAGCUAACUGAGCAAAUCCUGAAUGCGGUUCCAGGAAUCAAGUGCAAUCCCGUCCAGGGGGCCAUGUACGCCUUCCCCCGCAUCUUUAUCCCUCCAAAAGCAGUGGAGGAAGCCAAGGCUUUAGGAAUGCAGCCGGAUAUGUUCUACUGCAUGAGGCUGCUUGAAGAGACUGGAAUCUGUGUUGUUCCUGGUAGUGGCUUUGGGCAGAAAGAUGGAACAUACCAUUUCAGAAUGACAAUCCUUCCAUCCACAGAGAAGCUGAAGGUACUUCUUGGCAAAGUACGUGAUUUCCAAAUCAAGUUCUUGAAAGAGUUCUCUGCUUUGGAGACUUUACCGAGAUAAUAUUUGUGCUAAUGUUGAAAGUUGUUCAGCUCCAGCAUAUGACUUCUUAAUACACUCACCAUUCAUUUGAACAGCAAAGGUAGUGUUAAGAGUCCUUUCUAGGUUUCCAGUCAUAUUUUUAAACAUGAUUUCAGAGAUUGUGGUGUUGUUUACUUAAUUUGUUUAGAAUUUUGCAACAUGGUUUUAAGGAAAAAUUAUCUUAGAAUUUUGCAACAUGGCUUUCAGUAAGUAUAAGCGGUGUAUCCCAGGCAUUACACUAAGCUAAAUAUUAGUUUUUUUUUUUCUUUAAGAUGGAUUUCAGAACAUGGGACACGACAACAGAAAUGUGUCUGUCCAUUUCCUUUGGUAAAUUUGCACUCAAACUGUCAGCUGAACAAAGUGAGAUUGAACAACAAAGAUGAUAAAUUUACGGUGUUUCCUAACCUGGACACUUGCACUGAAUUUAACGGUGGUUGCCACCUUAGAUAUAUAUAUAACUAGAUGCUGCAUUUAAGCGCUCAAGGCACGUAGAUGUGUCCGACAUCUUGGAACGGUCCACUGACCUCCGUAGCGGCUAAUAGAAACCGUAUAGUUAUUUAUAUCUAUGAUAUUCCGCAUCCUGUAAGGAAAACAGCCACAAUCUCUUUCUCUGUAAUGCUUCUAUUCAUAUUAUGAACCAUUCAAAACUCUGGCUGAUGCGUUUUUUACUUUCUGAUUAUUGCGAAGGGAGAGAAGAUAGUUUGUCACCGAAAAUUUGAAGGUAAAUAUAUGGUUAUGGUUCUGAAAGGUUUGCGAGGAGGGACUAUUUUUUGUUUAUUUUGUCCUCACCUGAGCUUCACUCAUUGCCAUGCAAUGUACAACCUAAACAUUUAUUUAAAAUUCAGAAAAUUGCAAAUGAAGCUUCUGUUGAAGAUCAUCGUAAAGGGAUUUAGAACGUCUCUGUCCCAUUUUUUUACUGUAGAUAUUUUGCAUCAUGGGCAGCUGAAAACAUUGAGUGCAUAAAGUGUUAUCAUGAAAGUUCUGGAUUAAUUCAUAUUUACUGCCAUAUUUUCCCCAGGUAAUGUCAUGUAAAUCUAAACCCUUCAUCGAAGUCCUAUUUGCAACAAAGUUGAUCACAAUAUUUUUAUUUAAAAUAACAGCUAUUUGAAAUCAUUCGUGCCAAAUUUGCAAGAUGUUUUUUACCUGGUUUGUUUUAAAUCUCACUUUUUUUUAGGGCUUAUCUGUUGUUCUAUAUUUAUUUCGAAGCCAUUAUCUUUUCUUAUGAGGUGCCUUCAAUUAUGCUUUAAAUGAACUUUUCGUUACAUGCACUUUGUUUACAGAUUUUUGAGCAUUCUAAUUUCAAUACUAGAGGUCAAUACGCACAAUACUGUUCAGUUUGGUUACAUCUGUUCAAGUUGUUUUUGUUCAUAAAGAUGUCAAAAUAAAAGGUUUUCUCAUUUGACAAACAGU